AUGGGGUACAAUGAUUACUUCGUCUUUCGCACGGAUUAUAUUUGCAGGAAGAUACAUGCUCCAGACGAGGUGCCUGACAGCGGGAAGGUGGCCGUGAAGCGGGUGGGCAACGUGAUGGAGGUUGAUGACGCAGUGAUGAAGGAAUUGUUUGAGGAAUCUAUGAAGAAGCAUAAUGAGGCGUACAAGAACUACUGGAAGAUGGUCAGGGAGCAGGAGUACAAGGUUGAUGAGGAGGUGAUGAAGAAGAGGUUUGAGGACUGGAUGAAGGAGUAUGGCCGGACCUACAAGAACGAGAAGGAGAAGGCUCGACGGUAUGAGGCGUUCAAGGUGAAUGCAAUCAACACAGACAAGCUUAACGCACAUAGCCUAGGUGAUGCCCGUAAUCGCCUUAACGAAUAUGCGGACUGGACUGAGGAUGAGUUCCGGAGUAUGGAUUGCCGUCAUGGUGACAUGGACAUGAAGUCAUACAUUGAGGACACGAGGACUAUGUAUGCUGAAGGGAGGUUUGGUGCCCGUCCGAGGAAGGUAACUGUGACAGAACCGCCAAGUUAA